AUGACAACACAAGCUCCCAACACUGACGCGACGCCGGCAACGCCCGAAGCCGCCGCACCACCAACCCGGUUCGCCAUGGUGCUGUUCAACGGCUUCCAAGCGCUCGAUGUCUUUGGGCCUAUCGACACGCUCAACCUCCUCUCGCGCAUCCUGUCGCGGCGCAGCCCCUCCUCGCCGGGGCUGUCGCUCGCGCUGCUCGCCGCGACGCUGGACCCCGUGACGACGGCGGCGCCAGACGCGCAGCAGACGACGGAGCAAAAGGUGCUGCCGACGCACACCUUUGCCACCGCGCCGGCCGCGCUCGACGUGGUGCUCAUCCCGGGCGGGCAGGGCACGCGCACGCGCGCGACGAUCCAGCCGGCCGUGGACUUUAUCCGGCGGCGGUUCCCCGACGUGCGCCUCGUGCUGACGAUUUGCACGGGCGUCGUGGUCGUCGCCCGCGCGGGGCUGCUCAACGGCGAGCGCGCCACGACCAACAAGUCCAAGUUUGGCUGGGUCGUCGAGGCGGCGAGCGAGGGCAGCCCCGACGCGGUAUGGGUCGAGCGCGCGCGCUGGGUCGAGGGCGACAAGAUCUGGUCCGCGUCCGGCGUGUCGGCCGGCAUGGACGCGAUGCUCGAGAUGGUGGCGAAGCUGUAUGGGCGCGAUGUGGCGGAGGAAAUUGCGACGACGCAGGAGUAUGCGCGGCAUACGGACUCGACGGACGACCCGUUCUGGGAGGUACAUCACGCCAACAAGUAG